AUGUUAGCUAUCCGAUUAAAUGCAAAGGCACGGAUCAGUGGCCUCAGAGGCAUGGCCACUGCUGCUUCGACGUCUACGUCUCCAUAUACUGCUCCUAGGGGCUUUGAAACCCGUACACCACCGUAUGGACGACUGCUUAAGAAUCUUGGCCGGAUAAGACAGGUGCUUCGUCCGGAUACGAAGCUCACCUUGGCGGAGAAGAUUCUCUACUCGCACCUGUCUAAUCCGGAAGACAUGGUGGCGGCGGCGGUCAACGGAGACAUUUCCAAUGUUCGCGGCAAGCAGUACUUAAAGUUGCGGCCCGACAGAGUAGCCAUGCAGGAUGCAUCCGCACAGAUGGCCAUGUUGCAAUUCAUCACAUGCGGCAUGAAAUCUACCGCGGUGCCUGCAUCCAUUCACUGUGACCACUUGAUUGUUGGCCGCGACGGUGCCGCCAACGAUUUGCGGCGGUCCAUCGCUACCAACGAAGAAGUUUUCAAUUUCCUCCAGUCGUGCGGCGAGAAAUUCGGGAUUCAAUUCUGGGGUCCUGGUUCUGGAAUCAUUCACCAGAUUGUCCUAGAGAACUUUUCGGUUCCAGGUCUUAUGAUGCUUGGAACCGAUUCGCACACGCCGAAUGCGGGUGGUUUAGGAGCCAUAGCCAUCGGAGUGGGUGGCGCAGAUGCCGUUGACGCUUUGACGGGAACCCCCUGGGAAUUGAAAGCUCCGAAAAUUUUAGGUGUUGAACUUCGCGGCAAGAUGAGCGGUUGGACUUCGCCGAAAGACAUGAUCACCAAACUUACUGGGGAUUUGACGGUUCGUGGCGGAACGGGAUACAUCGUUGAGUACUUCGGUAAAGGAAUUGAACAGUUGGGUUGCACCGGUAUGGCCACGAUCUGUAAUAUGGGUGCCGAAAUCGGUGCUACCACGUCGACUUUCCCGAUGCAAAAAUCGCACUUGGAUUAUUUGACCGCCACGGGCCGCGGUCCUGUUGCGGAUUUGGCGGCCAAGGUGAAUGCGGAGACGGGAUUUUUGAAGGCGGACGAGGGUGCUGAGUACGACAAAGUUUUGGGGAUCGAUUUGUCGGAGUUGGAACCGAGCGUCAACGGGCCGUUUACCCCAGAUCUCCGCACUCCGAUCUCCGCGUUGAAGAAAACCACGACCAGGGAAAAGUGGCCGCAGAAAAUCACGGCGGGUCUCAUCGGUUCUUGCACAAACUCGUCUUAUCAGGAUAUGUCGCGGGCGGCAUCGUUGGUGCUACAGGCGGAGAGGGCGGGCAUAAAGCCCAAGAUCCCAUUUUUCGUGACGCCUGGUUCGGAGAGAAUCAGAGCUACCAUCGCCAGAGACGGACUUAUAGAUAUUUUCGAGAGAAAUGGAGCCAUCGUCUUGGCCAACGCGUGUGGACCUUGCAUUGGUCAGUGGGAUCGCGGGGCGGAUGCUCCAAAGGGCGCCAACGUGAUCUUUACAUCUUUUAAUCGGAAUUUCAAGGCCAGAAACGACGGUAAUCGUCAGACGAUGAAUUUUUUGACGUCUCCCGACAUCGUCACUGCCAUGAUUUAUUCUGGCCGGAUGGAUUUCAAUCCUCUCACCGACACGAUUGACCGUGUGGCCGCCAAGCCAUUCAAGUUUUCGCCACCAGUCGGCGAGAAUCUCCCAGAGCGCGGGUUUGUCGCGGGCCGCGCAGAAUUUUAUCCAGAGGCCUCUCCGCAACCGCAGUCCACGGUGGAAAUCGCGGUGGACCCAGAAAGUGAACGUCUCGAGAUAUUGAAGCCGUUUCCGGACUGGACAGGUUUAGAACUCAGUACAACGGUGAUUUUGAAGGUGAAGGGUAAAUGCACCACGGACCAUAUCUCGGCGGCCGGACCCUGGUUGAAAUACAAGGGUCAUUUGGGCAACAUUGCACACAAUACGUUAAUAGGAGCAGUGAACGAGGAGUCUGGAGAAGUGAACAAGGCUUAUGAUUUCGACGGCAAAGCUUAUGGAAUACCGGAGUUAAUGCAAAAAUGGAAAGAUGAGCGGAGACCCUGGGUGGUUGUGGCGGAACACAAUUAUGGAGAGGGCUCCGCUCGCGAGCACGCGGCAUUGCAGCCGAGAUACCUUGGCGGAGAGAUAAUUCUAACCAAGUCAUUCGCCAGAAUCCAUGAAACAAACUUGAAAAAGCAGGGAGUGUUACCGCUCACUUUUGCGGACGAAUCCGACUAUGACAGGUUAAGCAGCGGCGACGUUUUGAGAACGGUUGAUUUGAAAGAAAUGAUGGCCAAAGGAGGAGAUAAUGGCGGUAUUAUUAAGUUGGAGGUGAUAAAGAAAAGCGGAGAAACGUUUGUUAUAAAAGCUAAGCAUACUAUGUCUGAGGAUCAAGUUGAAUGGUUUAAAGCUGGAUCGGCCAUUAACUAUAUAAGGCGGGAGAACAUAAAGAGGCAGCAUUGA